AGACCACUGUGGCAGGGGGAGAGGGAGGAAAAGCUGUUGAUAUUCAUUAGAACGGCGAGUGUGUUUUUCUCUCGCUGUGGCGAUGCACUGCAAUGUCUUCAGACAGGCAGGCAAAGCAGCGGAGACAGGACGAGGCAGAGUGAAAGCAAGACAGAGCCCAGCCCAUCCCGCCAUUGAUCUUCAGGCGAUCAAGGAUGAAUACCAGCAGACCAAACCAGGAGUUUUGACCUUUAGACUUCCCAGAUGAAGCAGCAAUAUUCAGUCAGAGCUUCCAAGCAGAGAUUGGAUCCAAGUGAUCAGUCUUGUGUGAAACCUUCCUGAAGACCGGAGAGACCUGAUGCAAAUUCUUCAAAUCAGUUUGGAUUCUGAACUGUCGGGAUUUAUCGGUGAGAUUAGUUUACAACUUUGAGGCAAACAGCUUGACAAGAUGGAUGAAUAUUUAAAGGAAUUUGGGGAAACGUUUCUUUUUUUUUGUCRUUGUGAACUUUGAAUGGGAUGCUCCACCGCCUCGUCUGACCAAAGGAAAACGACACAGGAUGCUGGAUGUUGUUUGAUUUUGUUUCUCUUUUCACCUUUGGCCUUUGGGGAAGAAAUAUUUAUAAAAACACACCGGGUGCACUUGUUUACUCCUGGAGCCUCGGAGGGAGAGGUAAAUGCUCCUUCCCCGUUUAACGGCAACAGGACGCCUGGUUUCGUCCUUCUAAAGACCGAGGCGUGGACGGGAGGACGCAGGUGACGCUGUUGGCUGGCUGAGUCAGCGCCAAUGGGGGCCGGUUUUGACCCGGUCUGACCCCAGUUUGACCUUCACAGUGACCUCUGACCUCUCCGGUCCUGGCUCUCCACCUACUCUGCUGCCUGGGUUCGGGAACGCUCCGCCCUGGGGCCCAGAACGAGCCAAUCAGAAUGAAGAAGAGCCGCAGCGUGCUGUCGGUGACUGGAGAAGAGGGGAACGACUUAGAGGUACCAGAUGCUGGGCAGAAGGCGGAGCCGUCUCGCUGCAGCCGAUCCUACACGUCCGGGGCCACGCUGGGGGCCACGCUGGGGGCCGAGCUGCGCCGAGGGAGGACCAGAAGACUCUCGCCCAGUCUCCAGGUACCCUGCUGGCUCCGCCCCCGAGAUCGCACUCGUUCACCCGACAUCCUGAGCAAUACGUCGCGUCCCACGACUCUUCCACUUCGCAUCCCGCCACGCAUCUCCAUCACACAAGCGGACGCCGACAGUUACGAAGCAGAAAAUGGCGUCUCCCCAGGUCACACCCCUCUGGGCUCCCAGAGUCCAAGCCUCACCUUGAACACCUCCUUCACUCAGGGCCAGAGAAGAGAGUCCUUUUUGUAUCGGUCUGACUCGGACUACGACAUGUCGCCAAAAACGGUCUCCCGAAACUCUACGCUUGCCAGUGAAGGGCACACUGCGGAGGACUUUAUUGUCACACCUUUUGCUCAAGUACUGGCCAGUCUGCGAUCAGUACGAAGCAACUUCACCAUCCUCGCCAAUGUCUCCACACCAACAUUCAAGAGGUCUCCUUUAGGUGGAGUAUGCGUCAGUCCCAGAGCGACGCUAUCAGACCAGCAGUACCAGCAGCUCGCCCUGGACACGCUGGAGGAGCUGGACUGGUGUUUGGACCAGCUGGAGACCAUUCAGACCCACCGCUCCGUCAGCGAGAUGGCUUCCAACAAGUUUAAGAGGAUGCUGAACAGAGAACUUUCCCACUUAUCAGAAAUGAGUCGCUCUGGAAACCAAGUGUCCGAGUACAUCUCCAGCACCUUUAUGGACAAGCAUCACGAGGUAGAAAUCCCGUCCCCGACGCUCAAAGACAAACCUAUGAGUCACAUCAGCGGAGUGAGGAAACUGUCUCACAGCUCCAGCCUCUCCAGCGCUUCCAUGCCUCGCUUCGGCGUCAACACGGACCACGAGGACGAACUCGCCAAGGAGCUGGAGAAUCUGGACAAGUGGAGUUUCAACAUAUUCAGAGUAGCAGAGUUGUCAAACAACAGACCUCUCAGCUGCAUCAUGUACACCAUCUUCCAGGAGCGUGAGCUCUUGAAGACAUUUCGUAUCCCCGCUGACACUUUUGUCACGUACGUGAUGACCCUGGAGGAUCAUUACCAUGGAAAUGUAGCGUACCACAAUAGCCUCCACGCUGCAGACGUCACCCAGUCCACACAUGUCCUCCUCUCCACACCUGCCCUGGAUGCUGUAUUCACUGAUCUGGAGAUCCUGGCUGCUCUGUUUGCAGCAGCUAUCCAUGACGUCGACCAUCCUGGAGUUUCCAACCAGUUCCUCAUCAACACCAACUCAGAGCUGGCGCUGAUGUAUAACGACGAGUCUGUUCUGGAGAACCACCACCUGGCUGUGGGCUUCAAGCUGCUGCACCAGGAGAACUGUGACAUCUUCCAGAACCUCACCAAACGGCAGCGCCAGAGCCUCCGCAAGCUCGUCAUCGAUAUGGUGCUGGCUACAGACAUGUCCAAACACAUGACACUGCUGGCUGAUUUAAAAACCAUGGUGGAGACCAAGAAGGUGACGAGUUCUGGCGUUUUGCUCCUGGACCAUUACACAGAACGAAUACAGGUACUGAAGAACAUGGUGCACUGUGCAGACCUGAGCAACCCCACCAAGUCGUUACUGUUAUACAGACAGUGGACAGAGAGGAUCAUGGAGGAGUUCUUCAGACAGGGUGACCGAGAGCGGGAGAGGGGCAUGGAGAUCAGCGCCAUGUGUGACAAACACACCGCCUCUGUGGAGAAGAGUCAGGUGGGGUUCAUCGACUACAUUGUCCACCCGCUGUGGGAGACGUGGGCCGACCUGGUGCACCCGGACGCCCAGGAGAUCCUGGACACUUUGGAGGAGAACAGGGAGUGGUACCUGAACACCAUGCCCCAGUCUCCGUCACCGCCCCCCGACAGACACCUCCAGCAGGACCGCUUCCAGUUUGAACUCACGCUCGAGGACCUGGAGCACAACAAUCACAACCACGUGUGUCYGAGGGGUGGGAGGAGCAACAGGAGCGGCCGGAGGGCCAUCUGCGACGACGGAACGCUGGAAGCUCAGACAGAAACGAUCGGAGAGGAGCAGAACCACGCUGAGGCCGAGGGAGACGACAAGGAAAAUCACAACAGUGAGCAGAACGGCGUCCGGGAAGAAGAGGCGGGUGAAAAGGAGGAAGAGGAGGCAGACAAGGAAGUAGGAACAGAAGGGGUGGAGGAAACUGAUGGCUCACAAGGCGAGGAGACAAAAGUAGAGGAGAAAGAGGAAGAAAUGGAGGAGACGGACAACGAAGGGGAGGAUGAUGAAGUGGGAGGUGUAGAAAACCUGGAGGAGAUGAAUGGAGUAGAAGAGGAAGCUGAAAAUGAGGAGGCACGAACGGAGGAGAGUUUGGCGGAAAAAGAGGAGGAUGUAGACGUAGAUGAUGGUGACGCAGAAGGAAAGGGGGAAGAGGAGACAGAAAUGGAGGAUAAAGACGAGGAAGAGGCGGGCGAGGAAGAAGCACCUCAGGAGGAUGAGGAAGAUGAAUCAAAAGAGGAAGAGGACAGUUAGUGGACAAAAUAACAGGGUCAGUGAGCGGGGGAAGUAAACGAGAGGUAAAGAGGGGCCAGCGGCAGUUUGUCUGUAAAAGAGCUGGAAGAUGUCCGUCUGACCACUUCCUCGUGCGACGCUCUCGUCUGAAGGCCCAUUUACGCUCACCUGCUGAAAUCAAAACACUCACAGAGUAAAAGAGUCAAGACCAACAGAGCAGCGCUAGAUACAGACACUCUGUGGAUCUUCCCAAGCAGUCUGACUGUUGCAGUGAGCCGAUGGGCCCGGCGGUGACAGAGACUAGUCUUCUCAACCUGGUGUCUGUGCAUCUAUCACUGCCGUCGAGGAUAAACGGGGGACAAAACAAUAAUAAUAAUAAAAGCAGGGGAGACCGGUUUAAUCAGCCUUUUGUAGCUUCUGGACUUAAGUUUUGAAAAAAUAAUACUGAAAUACGUACAUGCAAAUAAGUGUGUGCCUGUUUUCCGGUUGUUAUAGACUUUCACCCAUCGUCUCCUGGUCACCGUCUAUUGUCUUACGGAUGAGGAAGAUUACGCCUGGAAAGUGUAGUUUGUCAUCUUAUAUUCACUACAACUCCAAAGUUAGGCUGUUGUGUAAGAUAUAAAAGCAGAAMGCAAUGAUUUAUGAAGCUAAUAAACCCAUAUCUUAGUAAUGGAACACAGUAAACAUGUUAAAUGUUUCUUUCGUUCGGCAUCUGGACUUUUCUUCUGCAGAGCCAUGCUGCCGGAACGGAUGCAGAACACGGUUUAACACUGAAAUAUGCAAGGCCUUCCCUGAAAAAGUCAUCAUCUGAAUGUACUUUUCAGCACUGGUGGUGCCUUUCCAGUUGUGUAAGUCGCUCACGUUAGAGGCACUUAUGCACGCCCCUACCAUCAGCGAGGCGGGCCUUUGAACGGUAUGCGUGUGGUUUCCUAAACGAAUAUUGUGGUGUAAUAUUUGCCGGACAACAGAACAGUUUUUCAUAUCGUCUCAGUUUGUUUUAAAUGAGCUUUGGUUCUGCAGCGUUUCUAGAUGAUGUUCAAAUAGGUCUUAAUGUUGCGUGAUAGAGCUUUAACCAGCAUUUGUGGAUGGCACGGCAAACUAUUUACGGUCCAUGAUGUGUGGAAGUGUUCCUGAGUCCAUGCAGCGAUCAGACAGCAGGAACUUUAUUUUGAAUACUGUUCUAAUUUUAUAUUAGAUUAAGGGUGACAGUGGCAGGAAGAGGUAGGGUUUGUUCUGUAACCAAUGGGUUGCCAGUUUGAUYCCCCAUUGUGUCCUUGGGUAAGGCACUUUACCCGCCUUGCUUGCUGGCGGUGUGAGAGGGUUCAUAUCACUUACUUUGACAGCCUUUUAAUGGCCCUGUCCCAAUUGUUUUGAGAUGAGUUGCUGCCAUAACGAUCAAAAUGACUUUAAAAAAAUGAUAGUUUCAACAUUUGAUAUGUUUACUUUGUUCCAUUGUAAAUAAAAAAAAAAGAGAUUUGCAAAUCAUUGCAUUCAGUUUACAUUCACAUUUUACACAAACGUCCCAGCUUUGUACAGAACCUGUCCACAGAAAGCUUCGUACACUGUGGUCAAAUAACAGUGGAGCCACCUCACAUAUUAGCCCCGAAGCCACAAUUCCCCAAAAAAUGAAAUAAAAAACAUCCGUGGACUCUCCUCUCAAAGUGGAACCGUAAAAAGGCUGAUGUGUUGUAUGUGUCGAUGUCGAGUCGCGUGAAGAUUAAAAAAAUAAAAUAAAAUCAAGUAAAAAAACACCAAGUGUUUAUGCCAUUGUGACAUUGUCACCUGAGUUGUGCCAAAUUGUCCCACAACCAGCACUGAGCAACGCAGCCUCCUAACAGGGAUCGGGGGUGGGAGAUGGGGGCUAACUUGUCACGAAGCAAUGAAUCUGUGGGACCAGGCCAGCGGGUGUUAUGGUCUUCCACAAAUCUGUUCCUUUUUUUUUUGUAAAAAAAACUUGUCUUUGGCACUUUAUUUAACACCCUUGUUGCAUAUAUGUACAUAGUAAACAUGUAUUUUAAUCUGCUGAUGUCAUAUAAUAAAUAUGAUCAAUUCA